AUGCCGACAUCGCAUGACUUAUUCCUAUCAGGACGACAUGUGGAUAUACCUACUGGUUUGGUAGGGCAUGUGGAUAUACCUACUGGUUUGGUAGUGCAUGUGGGUUUACCUACUGGUUUGGUAGUGCAUGUGGGUAUACCUACUGGUUUGGUAGUGCAUGUGGAUAUACCUACUAGUUUUGUAGUGCAUGUGGAUAUACCUACUGGUUUUUCAGUGCAUGCGGAUAUACCUACUGGUUAUGUAGUGCAUGUUGAUAUACCUACUGGUUUUGUACUGCAUCUGGAUAUACUUACUGGUUUUGUAGGGCGUGUGGAUAUACCUACUGGUUUGGUAGUGCAUGUGGUUAUACCUACUGGCUUGGUAGUGCAUGUGGAUUUACCUACUGGUUUGGUAGUGCAUGUGGAUAUACCUACUGGAUUGGCGACCGCUGGCAGUGGCGUAGACCCGCUCGGAUUGCGUCAAUACAAAGUGCGACCGAGUAAGGAUACCAUCAGCUCAGUGCACAAUGAUAUCCUCAAGUCCACGGUGCCUUGUGCUAUCAACACAGUUCGACAGAAAGCGUACAGCGAAGUCAAUGCACAUCCCAGCGGGAUAACAUUGCAGGAUAGUAUUGACAAUGCUCGAGUCGAUGCCCCUGGACAGGCCCGUACAGCAGGCCAAUCAACCCAUUCGAUACCUCAAAGUAAUGGUGGUAGAGAGAUCCCCACUAACCAAACGGCACAAGCCAUUCAAAAGGCGGUCAAGAAACCACGGGCACCCCGCAAACCUAAGCCGCCAAAGACAAAACAGCCUGCAGUAGGUACCAAUGUACCGGCAAUCAAUGGAGGAAAUGCGCCCACUGAUUCAGUUAGCGCCGCGACGGGUUCUGAAAAUGCAGUAGCACCCGUUAAACCAGCCGGUAAAGUGGCCAAGAAGCCGCGAAGACCAAAACAGCCAAAGCCGAAGCAGGCCCCAGGCGCUGCAAAGAGCUUACGGACUGACGCACAGGCAGUGGGUACCGCUUCAGGGCCAGAUGUGAGUUCCGAGGACCGCGAAUUAUUGAAGUUCACAUCCGCAGAUAAAGCGGGUGUAGACAUUUCCAGCAGGUGUCCAGAAAAAACAGAUGUCGACGCUGUGAAUGGCACAUCGGGUGAACUAAAGCGACCACGCGCAAGUGACCAGCCCACUGUGGUGAAGAGUGGCAUCGUAGCAAUAUCACAGAGCGGUGUGGGCAGUGCCAUUGGUCAGGUUGCUAAGCAACUGAAAAGAGCCAAAGUUGUGAAAAAAAAAGAUGCCGGCAAGUCCCCUGGGAAAGUGGUUAAGACCAAGGCAAAAACGAAGCCUAAAAGUGUUGCGCUGACGGAUGCUGAAGUCCAAGCAAAGCUGUUGGAAUAUCUGCGCGUACAGAACAGGCCGUACAGCGCAACAGAUGUCUACAACAACCUCGGCGGAACUCUUGGCAAGACGGCGGUAACGAAAGCGCUCGCUGAAAUGGCCAGUACUGACGCCGGCAUCACUGAAAAGGUGUACGGCAAGCAGAAGGUGUACUGCGUCAAGCAGGUACAAUACACCGGCUGA